GGGCUCGGCCGGGCGGCGGGUGGGGCCGGCUGGGCUGGGCUGGGGCGGCGAGGCCUGGAGCGGCGCGGCGAUGCGGCCAGGAUGGCCGUCUCGGGGCUGAAGGCCGAGCUGCGGCUGCUCGAGUCCAUCUUCGGCCGCGACCACGAGCGCUUCCGCAUCGCCUCCUGGAAGCCCGACGAGCUGCACUGCCUCUUCGUGCCCCCCGCCGCCCCCGGCCCGGCCCCGCCGCCGCCGACGCCGCUCGCCAUCCACUGCAACAUCACGGAGUCUUACCCGUCUUCGUCGCCAAUAUGGUUUGUGGAAUCAGAUGACCCCAACUUGACUUCAGUGCUGGAGCGAUUAGAGGAUAUUAAAAGCAAUACUUUGCUUCUCCAGCAGCUGAAGCGAUUGAUCUGUGACCUCUGCCGACUCUACAACCUUCCCCAACAUCCGGAUGUCGAAAUGUUAGAUCAGCCCUUGCCAUCUGGCCAGAAUGGAACGACCGAAGAGGCGACAUCAGAAGAGGAAGAGGAGGAAGAUAUGGGUGAAGACAUUGAUCUGGAUCAUUACGACAUGAAGGAGGAAGGGCCUGCCGAAGGGAAGAAAUCCGAGGAUGAGGGCAUCGAGAAGGAGAAUCUGGCCAUUCUGGAAAAAAUCCGAAAGAAUCAAAGGGAGGAUCACCUAAACGGUGCAGUUUCUGGAUCUGUCCAAGCAUCGGAUCGAUUAAUGAAAGAGCUCAGGGAUAUAUAUCGGUCACAAAGUUUUAAGACAGGGAUUUAUUCAGUGGAACUUGUGAAUGACAGCCUAUAUGAGUGGCAUGUGAAACUUCUAAAGGUCGAUCCUGACAGUCCGUUACACAGCGAUCUCCAAGUCUUAAAAGAAAAAGAAGGCGUGGAAUAUAUCUUGCUCAACUUCUCUUUUAAGGAUAAUUUCCCUUUUGACCCUCCGUUUGUAAGAGUGGUCUCUCCAGUGCUCAGUGGAGGGUACGUUCUGGGUGGAGGUGCCCUUUGCAUGGAACUUCUAACUAAACAGGGUUGGAGCAGCGCCUAUUCCACAGAAUCGGUCAUUAUGCAGAUUAAUGCCACGUUAGUCAAAGGAAAAGCCAGAGUACAAUUUGGGGCAAAUAAGACCCAAUACAAUCUAGCGAGAGCACAGCAGUCUUAUAAAUCUCUAGUACAGUUGCAUGAGAAAAAUGGUAUGUAUGGUUGGUUCACACCUCCAAAAGAAGAUGGAUAAUACUGAGGGCCACACUACAUUUGGACUAAUAUCAGUAAAAGAUUUUAUUUCCAUGCAAACUCAAGCUAUAAAGGCCCCAUAACAGCUCAUAAAUAAAUUAGUGGAUAUCCAGUAUAAAUCACAGCCAUACUGUUCUGCUCAUUGGACUAGUAUUUUGAACAGAACAAUUUAAUACUUUCCUAUAUUUUCCCAAUGGAUUGAGCUUACCUGUAUUUUAGUACUGAAUCCCUCACACUGGGUUCUUGGUUUACUAAAAUUUCCUAUCGACUUUUCUAUGCACUUCAGGGUUUUUUAUUUUCUCCAGAAUGGACUGCAGAGGAUUGCAAUAUAUUUUAUUUAAAGUCAGCCAAGAGGUAUAAAGUUAGUUUGAUAAUGUGUUGUAGAGUUUUCAGAUCUUGUAAAACCAAUCUCUCUUUUUCCAGGCUUAAAAUUUGAGAAUGUUUGUAGAAUUUCUAAUUUGAACGGUGAUAUGGGAGAAAGUUUGCAAUGUGAAAGAAUUAAAAUGUUUGGGUUUUUUUUGUUUUUUUGUGGCUGUCUUGAGGUUAGAACUCCUUAGUUUCAGCACAGCCAGGCUGUGCCAAUAAAACUUUGCAACGGGUCAAUAUCUACUAGGUUGCUGAGCUGUUCUGAUAAUUCUCAAGAAUGAACCCUAGGUAUAAAGCUUGAAAAUUUAUUUAAAAUUCCAGAAAGCCUCUUUAUAAGUUCAGUUCCAUUAACGGGUUGUUGCAAUCAUUUGUAGAUAAUGAACUUAAAAAGCAAUGAGCAAAAGUCAAGACACUCCUUAUUUUUUUAAGAAGACCAAUUUUUUAAAAAAACAAAAGCCACGGAAUUCCCAGGAAAAUCUUGAUUCAGAUUGGUGGUCUCUUUUAAAUGUCACCAUCGUCAUGACCAUGGAUUUUGUUCAGAAAAUAAUUCUUUUCCUUUUUUGGAAGACCAAUUUGGAUUGGAAACUGCUGUGAGCCAGUAACAGCUUUAUUAUUGCCUUACCUUUAAAAAAAAGCAGGUAUUUUAAUUUUUUAGAGUUGAAUUUGGGGUCACUUUCUUUAUUCAUUGGAAUUGCAUUAAAGGAAUUAGCAUUUUUCUUUCCAAGACCAAAAAUGCCUCAGUUCUCCUAUGUCCCACCAUUUUCACCUUCAAAGUUACAUCUGUACUUUCUUUGAUACCCAAAAGAUGAUCGCAGAUGCUGGACUUCAGUUUGAAAGACAAGAUUUAAAGACUUCUGCCUGGUGGAACUUUAUUUCCUAUGAUGAUUUCCAGGAUUUUGGCUUACUCGGUUGUACAUAUUGUUGCUAUUGAAUUGUCUUAGCCGCCUUAAAACAGAGGACAAAUUCUAUGAGUUUCCUAUAGCUCAUUUGAAAACCUGAGGCUAAUAUUUUGGAUACCUUAUCAAAUUGUUUAAUAUUUCUAAUGGACUAGCACAAUGACAGGUGCAUACACUCGACUUCUCUAUUUUUAUUUUAUUGGGAGUUUCAUUUAAAAAAAAAUUCGGAAACUUAGCAGUGUACAAUAAUCUGUAAACUUGCAUCAAGUUUAUGAAUAAAUGAAUCAUUUUAAGCA